UGACUACAUACGUGUCUGCGUGUGUGUGUGUGUGUGUGUGUGUGUGUGUGUGUGUGUGUCUGCGGCAUGCAUGUCUUUAUGUGCAAAUCGAUGUGCGAGUGUGUGGGAGGAUGAGGCUGUGGGGGCACAUUUGCAUGUGUCUUUGUGUGUCUGUGAGUGACAGGGCGCGCAUGUCUGUGUGAGCACAUGUGCAGCAAUGUUUAAUUAAAGCAUGUGUUCUUCUCCCUCUCCCGUACACCGGUCAGAUGGAGCCUUAAUUAAGGAACGCUGUUAAUUAGACGAGAGAGAAAGUGAGAGAGAGAAUGGGAGAGAAGAGAGGCAGGGAGACGGCACUGGGCACGAGAGGGAGUGGGUGAGGGGGGUUAAAGAAAGUACGUGUUGUGUGUGUGUGUGUUGUGUGUUCAUCUCCAUGUGUGUUUGUCCUAGUUGUGUCAUUCCUCAGAGCAGCAGAAUGUUGAGGUUGGUCUGCUCCAUGUGUGCAGCCCUAAACUUUGCCACAGCAAAACUCUCAUACUCCUCCUUCUCUUUCUUCCGCUCGCCAACUUUUUCUACCUCCUCCUCCUUUUUUUUAUCUGUCUGCCUCUGCCCAGCUUACUAUCCUUUCCUUUUCUCAAUCGCAUCUUUCCCCUCUCUGCUCUUCUUCUGUCUCUCGCCCUCUUUCAUACUCUCACCCAUUCUUGCACUUAUUUGUGUAUUUUACCCCCUCCCCUCCUUGUCCCCCUCUUUCUUUCUGCCUCACUCUCUGUCCCACUCCCUCCCUACUAAUCAGGACCAUAUGUUGGCGAGGGAGGCAGAGAGAUCUGAGGAUGGACAAGAUUGUUUUGUAUGUGCAGAGUGUGGUACAGUGUCGGAGGCAGCCGUGCGUGUAUAUACUAGUGUGGCACGCAUAUACUUGUGUUUGUUUUUGAAUGUGUGCAGUCAUGUGUGAGUCUGAUAGCAGAUUCCGUACGACUUGUGUGUGUUCUGGCAGUCUGUACAUCCAUUUCCCCUCUGCUCCGGGUUUCCAUAAUCCCUCUAUAGUUCCUGUCUUUCUGUCACCUUCAUCUCUCCAUCCUCUCAACACCUCUAUUCAUCACCUCUCUGCUUCCCCCUGCUGGCUGCGAUUAUUCACACGUUCUCGUUGCACCGUCCAAGUCUUGUGCUUUGGAAUGUAUUUCCAUAGUUUUGGCGAAAUGUGGCGUGCUGUGUGAGUCCUGCGUGCUUUUCACCACUACUCAACUGCUUAUUGUAAUUUGAGGAUUUUUACAACAUGUGCAUCUACUCACACAAAUAUGGUGGGAUUGAAAAAAAAAAAAAGCGGCACAACUCACUCAAUCCCACAAAACAAUACAUGAUUCUGUGAACAUGGUCUUCAUCAUGGUCCGCAGUGUUUGUUAUGGAGCACAUUGAAACUCCAGCAGAACAGCUGAGGUGGCACUGUUUUACAUGGGCACUUUCAAUCUGCUGGAACCGAGGAAAUGAAGUUGGAAAAUAGAGAUAGAAAAUGUGUAUUGCAAGUCAUCCUCCAAAAUAAAAGCGUCUGAUGUGAGAUGGUGCAGCCCUCACCAAAAUACUGAUUAUAGUCUGGUCUGAUGAUGCAUGCUGUGACAUCAUGUGCUAAUCUCUUAUUCUCUUUUUCUUUCUGCUCCACCCUCCUCCUCACUCCUCCCCCACUCACCAUUUCUCCCGCUUUUUUCAACACACUAUCCCUUCCUCUGUCUGUCUGUCUGUCUCUCUCACUCUAGCAACCAUGGGCAAAAGACAGGAGCAGAGGGGUGAGAGAGUAGUAUUUGAGCACUCCACUGCAGUAUUGAUGACCCAAUGAUCCCCUGCAGAACAGAGCCAGUCAGGCAGACACAGAGUGAGGCUCAACUCAGAAUCAAAAUCGGAAUCCGCGCCACAACCAUUCGGUAAAAGCAACCAAUUGAGCCGGGUCAUUGAAUCAUCUUUCCUGUUGUUAGAGGAAGAGACUUACAAAGAAGAAACACACAUUUUCAUACAUCAGAAAACAUCCGUCUUUCCUCACUGAAUGAGUGGCUUGUCAGAUCGCCUACAUUCAGGCCAAACUGGGGCUCCAGUAGGCUGUGGUGGGACUCAAGCAGAGGAAAAAGCGUGUGUGGGGGAGCUGGAGGGGCUGGCAGGGCCUGAGCUCUGGACCAGGGAACUCGGGCUCCAGGAGGGGUCCCAGGAUCCCUCUAAAAAUGGACUGGCACCAGUGACCUCCGACCUCUUUCCCUCCUCUUCUUCAGCCGUGGCGAACGGCCUCCAUCAACAAAGAAGGCUGGGGCACAGCACCUGCCCGCGCGAGACACAUACAUUUGCAGAGACAGUUAGGGACAUGCAAACGCACAUUGACCCGGAUGUGCACGCACAGGCUGUUUCGAAAGCACACAUGGAUAAUUGUGGACACAUGGAAAUCAACCCACCUAAGGGUUCUGUAGGACCUGAACACUCCAGGACUAUCACACCAGAGGCCAUACACACAACCUCACCUCAACCCCUGCCUUUGGAACUUGGCAAUCAUCCUGCCUCCACCAAUCAACGGGCUGCCCCAGUCCUCACUGCAGAGACAGACAACCCUUCAACCUUUUGUCCAGUCCCUGUUGGUCCAAACCCAAACACAGGCUCUUCUCCUCUUCCUGUGGAGGCAGAGAAGAAGUAUGCACUCCGCAGCUCUGGACGUCCCCGCUUUCCCUGUCACCUGCGCAAAUCCUCCCGCCUCCGCCGAAACUUAGAGGAUGGGGAGAAGAGAGCAGGACGGGAGAGGGGAGUAGAGGAGGAAGAUGAAGUAUUGGAGGAGAAGAUCUGGAGGGUUAAAGAGGAGGAGGUUGCCGUUGGAGAGAAAAAAGCGCAUUCCUCUGUGGAGGCUAAUCUCCCCAUGGCUCCCUGCCCGACAGAGAUUGCUCUUGCUCUAACUGUACCCAAACCUGCACCUAAAACUAUACCUAAACCUGGGCCCAGACUUGGGCAUAAACCUGGACCUAAAUCCAGGUCUAGGCCUGCACCAAAAUCUGUCCAUAAAGCAGCUCCUAAAAGUGUGAAACAGCGUCAGGCAGCACGGUCCAUGGCUCAUAGUGCUACCCCUCAUCUCCCACUUGCAAACACAUCCACCAUCGCUGCACCUCUAACUGUGAAGCAGGAGCCUGUUGCAGAGGGGGUACCUCCUCCCAAAAACCGGAGACGUGGACGUUUUGUCGGUGUGAGGAAGAUUGUUGUCAAGGUGGCUCGCAUUCCUGUCAGCCUCAGCCGCAGACAGAAAAGCUACAAGAUUUCCAAUUUGGAGACAGUUACAGGGUCAGAAAAAGGCAAUGAUUGCAGACUGGAGGGCUCAGAGGUAGUCAGAGAGCCGACUGCACUUCUUCGAAUGAAGAACAAUGGAAAGAGUGUCAUGGUGAUGUUCCCUCCUGGAGAACUACCGGUUAUUCUCAAACGCAGGCGGGGGCGGCCACCUAAACAGGCUGUGCCAGGAAUACCGGGAGAGCUUCCGAAUGCCGGGAAUGCUGGCGGUAAUGGAGACCAGCCCAAGAAGCCCCAGAGACGGCGGCGGGCUAAACUCCCUUCCCCCUAUCCAUCGUAUGUUAAUGAUACUAAUGAUGUGAAAACAGAGUAUGGGGAUGUUCUGUCCAAAUUGGCCUUUUUAAACCGCCAGCCCCCUGCCACUGGCCGCUGCUCUCCCCCACGCUGCUGGACACCCAGUGAGCCUGAAAGCUUUCAUACCCCCUUGGAAAAUCCUGGAAUAUCCACCCUGCUCCACCGGCUCACUGGGUAUAGACGCCCCCGAGGUGGCAGAGGAGGGGGCACUGGAAGAGGUGGAGCAGGAGCUGGGGGGAUUGGGGGCAGUGAGCGCAAUAAGAGCACAUUCAGUGACUUCUUUGAAUGCAUUGGCAAGAAGCAGAAGCCAGGCCCCUUGUCUGAACAUGGAUUACCUAAGAAAAGGGGAAAGGGUGCAGGUGGUAGGGGAGGGGGAAUCGUAGGGACUGAGUCUGGGGGAGAGAAAGUAGUCAAGAAGAAACGUGUGAGAAAAAAUGGUGCAUGUAAAGGGAAGGGGAUGUCCAUAGGGCAGGACUGGCCCAAUGGGGCAGGUGGCUGGGGGGAGGGGGGUAUAGAUAAGGAGAAAGGUUUGGGUGGGUAUCAGCUCUGUGGAUCUCCAAGGGGAGGCUUUUCGUCCUGUGAAGUUGGAAGGGUGGGUUCUUACAGCAGUCCACGAGGAAGCAGAGGAGUUGGGCCAGCUGGGGAGGACUCACAAAGCCUGUUUGCUGGAUAUUUCCGGUCACUCCUCGACUCAGAUGAUUCAUCCGACCUGUUGGACAUCUCCUCGCAGUCAGACCACCGAAAAGCUUCAUCCACCCCUGGUUAUGAGCCAUCCAGUCCAGCUGCGGGUCACAGCUGGUCCCCUGCGUUCAAGUGGAGCUCCAAGGGUGCAAGUUCUGGGGUGGAGGGUUCAUCCCAGACACAUUGCUCCUCAGCCAGGCCUCCAUACAGCUAUAGCAGCCUGGCCCAAACAUCCCCCACCACUUCUACCUAUCCCAAAUCCACUCCUCCAUCUCUCUCACACUCUCCUAGCUCCCCCCAUCCCGCCUCUUUUGGCCAAUACUCAUCUGGCUACUCCUCCUCUUCUGCAGUGCCACAGAGAUCCUCAGAUUGCAGCUUUGCAUAUGGAUCUGGACACAGCAGUGGCAAGGCCACCACUGUUGGUCAAAUGGGUUAUUCUAGCUACCAGACAGCAGCCAGGCGAGGCUACAGUGGAUAUCCUGCAGUAGGUCAUUCCUCCAUGUUGCGGGGGGAGUCAACAGGACCCAUAUCACCAGGAGGAGGAUACAUGUCUGUGGCCAAAAGUAGCCCCUUCAGCUCCUCUUCAGAAGGUUACAAACAGUACAACACCAAUCAGUGGAGCUACAGACAAGGUUACGGUGGCUGGUCAACAGACAGCUUCGGGCCUCAGUACCACGGCUACAGCGAGUAUGGUUCCAGUGAGUCCAAAGACAUCUUGGAUAUCUCAAACUACACCCCCCAGAAGGCCAAGCGUCAACCUUUUCCUGAAAGUCUAUCAGAAUCCUCCUCUGACUCCUCACAUCUCGGCUCUGCAGCCACUGGUAGUGGACCUAGCUCCACAUGUGGCACGUACAAACUGAAUGAGGCUGCUUCUGUUAGUGGAGAGGGGGGUCAAUCAAGUCUGUCCAGCCUGGAGAAGCUGAUGAUGGAUUGGCAUGAGAGUGCUUCUGGGCCCUCGUAUAACUGGAGCCAGAACGUCCUCUUCCAGGGAACCAGCAAACCCGGUCGGGGUCGAAGGAAACGGACUGACCCACAAGUCGAAAAAGAAGGAGGUUCUGCUUUACACUCUGAUUCCCCAUCCAGUCCCUCCCCAACGCCUACUCCUGGACCUAAGCGGGGAGGGGUUGGAGGACGAGGCAGAGGGUCUAGAGGAGGCCGAGGGGGCUUGUCUCCAUGUCAGAGAGAGCGGCCUUCAGGGGCCAAAGGCAGGGGCAAGGCUGCCUCUUCAUCUGGAGCAGCGAUUGCUGGAGGUCCAGAGGGGUCUGGGCUGUUCCAGGAGGGGCUGGACUACUACAGUGGAGACAGUAGUAGCCUCUCUCCCCUGGCCACUCCCAAUCCUGCACCACCUUCCAGCUACCUCCAGGACCCCUGUGAGUACCCCUCCCCUUAUUCUGCCCACCCCUCCACACCUUCCUCUGAGGAGCGAUAUCCAGCUUUAUACCCUGGAGAAUCCUCCUCUUCCCUCUCACCAAGUGUCUCAUCUCCCCCAUACCCUCCCAAGCCCACCCCUCCUCCACUCCAGUCUUACCACCCCGUCCCCUCCAGGACAUUCUCCCCCUCCUGCUCUCCCUCACCACGGAUAACACCCCUCUGCGCCACAGCGCUGAGUCCCUCGCAUCGCCCCCCUCCAAAAGACCCACAGUUUUCACAGUAUGACUCUCCCAGCUACUGCAGCUCCCCCUAUUGGUACGGACAGACGUCGCACAGCGGCAGCCCCAGCCCUCACUCGCACAGCGCACACUCAAAUUCAGCUGUGCACACACACAGCAACCCGCACACAAGUCCUCAUGGAAAUACACACGGAAAUCCGCUCGCUAGCCCAAAUGCGAAUACACACACACACAUGAUAUCGGCCCUCCAUGACACACACCAUCACAACGCACAGCCCCACACCAACACCCAUCCCACCUCACUGCUCCAGAGUAACCCCCUCUCCCACUCAAACCCCCACACCAACAAUCAGCCCCACCACAAUACACACACCAACCCCAACACUCACCUAGCCACCCUCACACACCCCAGUACCAGCCUCCACUCCCACUCAACACCUGUGCUUUAUGAGGAGUGCAGCCCUCCCUCGACCUUGCCCCCCCACAAGCGGGAUCUGACCCCCCACGCUAUGAGCACAGGCCACCGCCAGGGCCCCUUGCCUCACUCCCCAUACCCCAAACCUCCCCUGGACUCCUCGCCCCAUCAGGAGGACACUGGUGGCUACUCCUUGUCCCACCAGUCCUACCAGGGCAUUGGACACCGCUACCCCUCCCAAGCGGCUCAGGGAGGCGGGGUGCUCUGCCAGCUCCUGGACACGGCCAAUGAUGACAGCUUCAGCGUCACCAGCCUGUAACAGCAGGUGCACUCAAUCCAAGCUUUUACAGAUUUGCAAACCUUUUUUUUUCUUUCCUUUGUUGUUAAGGAGACUUCUUUGUGUAGAGUUUGUGAAAUGAAGGGUGAGAAUUUAGCUGCCAGCUUUGGACAGUAAAGCUUUAAUUCUCCAGCAUUGACAAUCAAUAUCAACCGCAAUUUAUACACCCAAGCAUGCACACACACACACACACACACACACACACACACACACAGAAACAGACACACACAGACACGCAUGUGCAGAUUAAUACACUACCUAUACAUGGACACAUACAGUCAUACAUGUGAACACUCACUAACACUCUCUGCUGGAACGAGGGCAUGGCCAAGAGGAGAUGACAGAUGAAUACCAGACGCUGAUGGACAGAGACAAACCUAUUUCCUUGCCCCUUCAAGUCCUGCUGUGAUACAUAGAGGACUCCGUUUCCCAGAAGUCUGUAUCUCGCCAAAUCUUUCUGGUCCUGUUCUGUACAUCUGCAAUAUGUACGAUCACACAACUCUCUCUUUCUGUUUCUGUCAUCUGUUCGCUCUUAACCUCCCCUCCUCUGCUAAACCAGCAACUAUGUUCUGCACUCGACCUUCACCAACCCUGCAUUUCUGUCUUGUGCCCCAAAACGUGAACCGCAUCUGAGCCCAAAUCAACUUUUUAAAUACCAUGAGCCUAGCAAAUGUCCCGCUCUGUGCACUCCUUGUAUUGUGUCCCAUAAGAGAAAAGUUGACUGAACCAGUUUCUGCUCUUGAAAUACCAGCAUCUGUACAUAUGACUCCAGCUCCAAGCCAGAGGCCCCCGCUUCAUUUUGAGGGUCCGUCAUCAACACGCUCUCCUCAGCGUUCUGCCAUGGUUUCUCUGCUCUGGGGGGAGAGCGGACUGCGCCAUGGAGACCCAACAUCCUGUGUUUUAAUGUUUUAACUACAAGGGAAAGAGACAUUGAAAUCACACAAUGGCCCCAAAGAGACUCUCGUUUUCUGUGUGCGAAUGUGAGACAGAGGAGGGUGUGUUUGCGUGACUGCAGUAAUGCAUGUACUUGUGUGUAUGUGUGCAUUUAUGUUGGUGUGAGCGCGUGUGUGUGCGUGCCUGUGGGGUCAAAAGGAGUGAAAUUCCCCAGACACCAAAGUCUUGGCGGGGUCCCAUUCUUUCUUUCACUCUCUCCCUUCUUUUUUCUGUGGUCUUGUGUUGUUUGGUGGUUUUUGUGAUGAAAAAAAUUGUAUAUCUGUCUGUUACAUAUCAUGUACGUAUCUGAGGUGCAAAAUAUUUAAAUACACAUUCUGUUCUUGCCA